AUGCGGAUUAUCAGCGGAGAGUAUCGUCGUCGUAAGUUGCAUCCACUUCCCAAGGGGGUGGAGACGCGUCCGAUUCCGGACAUGGUGAAGGAGGCGAUGUUCAAUCUGCUGCGUGGUCACUUUGAGGGUGAGGGGGUGAUCGAUGUGUUCGCGGGCUCGGGAUCGGUGGGUCUUGAGAUGGCGAGUCAGGGGGCGAGCCGAGUGGUGUGCGUGGAGCGCGAUCGUCGGAUGGUGCGGACGCUUGAAGAGAAUAUCGAGAUGCUGGGGUGCGGCGAUCGUGUGGAGGUGGCGUGUUGUGAUGCGCUUGGUCCUGCGACGCUUUCGCGUUGUCCCAAGCCGGCGCACAUUGUGUUUAUGGAUCCGCCGUAUGCGAUGGUGUGGGAUCCUGAGGGUUGGCCGAGGGUGAAGAAGCAGUUCGAGCGAUUGAUCGGGAUGCUUGAUGAGACGGGGUAUGGGAUCAUUCGUACGCCUUGGCCUUUUUAUCAUCGCGAGCGGAUUGAUGAGGAGGGGGCGGGUGCGGGAACGCAGAGCGGCGGGGCUCAGUCGACGGAGUUGAUCGACGGUGAGGAGAUGGUCGAGCUGAGCGAGGAGGAUCUGGCGGCGCUGUGGGAGCGCGAGAGCGCGGAGGUCCAUGAGGGGGGGCAACCGAAGUAUCGGACUUGGGAUAUCUCGCUUGAGAUGGAGGGGGCGGAGGGACCUGAGACGCAUGUGUACGGAUCGACGGCGAUCCAUCUGAGAUGUCUCGUUGAACCGGAUUGGAGACGCUCGUUCGUGCGGCGGAUUUGUUGUUUCAUCUUGAUUGUGCUUGGCGUGCUGGUUGUCUCGGCACGCGGUGAUGACGAGUCUGUUCGCGUUCAGCGUGAAGUGCUCCGGUGUGGUCUUGAGGUGAUUGUUUACAGCGAUCCGGCUUUGGAGGACCAGACGACUCAGGUCUGGACGCGGAUCGGUCGCGGCUCGAUGAGUGAGCGAGACGGCGAACGCGGGGCGUCGCUGAUCGCGGCUCGCGCGGCGAUGCAUGGUGUUGAUGAGUUCUCGCGUGAAGAGAUGCUCGCGAUGAUCGGGGUCGAUCCGGAAUCCGAGGGGUACAUCGGUGUCGAGGAUCGAGGUGGGGUGAUGGUGCUCAACGGGCAUGUGGCGUUCAUGCUGGAGGUACAGGAAUCGGGGGAUGUUUCGGAUGGGAUCCGCGUGGCGCGCGGUUUGUUGGAUGGAUACUCGCCGGGGGAUGAAGCGAUCGGUGUCGUGCGCGAAGGGGUGCUUGAAGAACUCAAGGCAAUGGAAGAAGAGCGCGGCGAGCGCUGGGCGUAUAUGCAGUGGCUUCCAGAGCUGCUUGAUGGGAGCGGGUUUUCUCGGAUGGCGAUGCCGAGCCUGGACGAGUGCGCGGCGCUGGAUGCGGAUACUGUGCGGGCGUUUGUGGAUCGUGAAUGGAACGCGGGACAGUCGACGCUGUUGAUUGUGGGUGAUGUUGAUCCGAGUGAUGUCAUUGCGAAAGCGAGAUCAAUCUUCGAUGGCUGUGGUGCGGGUGAGCAGACGGCGCUGAGUUCGGUGGAGAUCAUCAAGCCGAGUGUCGAGGGGCGCGUGGCAACGAUCGGGGUGGAGAAACUUAGCGGAUCUCGGCUCGGGAUGGUGUGGUUUGGUGAUGAGCGUGAAGUGAUCUGGGAGGAUGAGGGGCAUUCGCUGGCGCUGUCGAUGACACUGUGCGGCGAGGCGAUGCGGUAUCGCGUGAAUCGGAUGCUCCGAGCGGAGUUUGAAGCCGUGGUCGAUGCUCGUGUUGAGAUGGGGAUGCUGCUGGGACGCAUCCCGUUUGGUCAGGUUGUCGUUGAGAUGCGAGAAGGCGCUUCGGAUGAAUGGGACGCGGUGCUCAACGCGAUGGCACGAGAGCAUCAGCGGAUGGUCCGCUUCGGCGUGAGCGAAGAUGAGAUCGCGCGAGCGCGUGAAUGGCUGGAUCAGCAGUGGGGGUACGAGAUUGAUCAGUGGGCUGGAUUGACGAGUAGAGAGCGGGCGCGUUCGCUUAACUGGAUGAUGGCGACUGGGCGUCCGGUUGUUGAACUUGAUGCGUGGAUCAACGAGGGGCGCGAGCUGCUGGGCAAGGUUGAUGUUGAUCUUGUGAACUCGGUGGUCGAUGGGGUGUUUGCAGCAGUUGAGCCCGCGGUGGUGGUUGUGCUUGAUGAAGAGCAGGCGCCGAGCGAGAUGGAUGUGCGUGCGGUUUUGGACGGCGUUGAAGAUGAUGAGGUCGAUCCGAUUGAUGGAUGGAUCGCGGAUCUGCGUGGUCCGAUUCUGAACCAAUCGGUCGAUGGGGGCGAGGUUGAAGAGAUCAGUGUCCAUCGGGAAUCGGGUGUGGUCUCGGCGGUUCUCAAUAAUGGGGUGAUGGUACGGCAUCGUGAGAUGGGUUCAAUCCGCAGCGACGAUCAGGGUGUGCGCAUGGUUGUGCGGUUGGGGUUUGAUGGGCUGGAAGAAUCCGAGAUGCACGGCGUGGGGGAUGUGUUUGUCGCGGCGAUCGAGCAGGGCGCGAUCCGUUCGCGCACAAACGAAGAGAUCCGAGCCUUGAUGAUCGAGCAUGGGAUCAGUUUGGGUGUGGAACGGCAGAGCUGGCGGAUUCAGUUCCAUGUCAAGGUUGAUGAUGCGGGUGGUCCAGAACUUGAAGCAUUCGAGCGCGGUGUGGAGCUUGUGUUUGCGUAUCUGACGGAUCUGCGUAUCGAACAGGAUCUGAUUGAGCAGAUCGCGGAAGACGGCGCGAGAGGUGAGCGUCCGAUCGGGCUUCCGAUCGAUGCGAUGGAGUCGGGGAUCGCGCAAUCGCUCGGGGUCAAGUACACGCUACGCGAUCCAUCACGAUUCGGCGAUGGGGUUGAAGCGCGACGCGUACGCGAGUGGAUAACGAAUCAGGUUCGUGGUGAUCAGAUCGAGGUUGGGAUUGCUGGUCCGAUUGAUGCGCAGAGAGCGAUCGAGAUUUGCGCGAGCUACCUCGGAGAGAUCAAAGGCGGUCCGACACUGCGGACCGAUCUUGCAGAAGGGAUCCAGAUCGCGGAGAUCUCUGGGCAGGAGACGGUGCGUGUUGUGGAUCCGCGUGGGCGUGAGGGGGUGGUGGUUGGAUUCAGCGCCUGUGAGCUCGACGAUCUUGAUGAUCUGCGCGCGCUGACGAUCGCGGGGGUGGUGCUCGAUGAUCGGAUUGAAGCGGCGGCCGCGAGUUUGGGCGCUGAUGUCAGGACUUCGAGCGGGGCGUUGCUGCUUGAUCUGGUUCCUGGGCGCGUGGUGAUGUUUGGCAGAGCGGAUUGCAAGGAAGAGUCGAUCGAUGAUUGGGCGGCUGUGAUCGACGAUGAGAUUGUGCGGAUCGCGGAGAGCGGUAUCAGCGCACAGGAAGUGCGUGAAGCGAAGGAGCGGAUCGGUGGGUUGAUUGAUCGUGGGUUUGUGGAGUCUGAGUUCUGGGCUUCUCGUUUAGCGAUGGUCAGCGAGCGUGGCGGGGAUGUUGAAUCGAUCUGGGGGAUGCCUCGCGCGUAUCGCGAGCUUGAUGCGGCGCAAGUGAAUCGGGUGUUCAGGAAGUGGUAUCGCAAGGGUGAGUUCAUCCGUGUUGAGAUGUUGAAUCCGAAUGGGGUGUUGAACUGGCUACCGAACUGGUUUCCGAAGAAGGACCAUGGGGUGUUGAACCAGUUCCAUGCGUUGAAUGGGGACCACUGGUUCCAGCCGGUGAAGGACUGUGACCAUGGGGAGAAGCUGUUGAAGCCUUGGAAACCUGGGAAUGACUGGCCUUGGAAUCCUUGGCUCUGGAAGCCGUUGAAUCCGUUGAAGAACUGGUUCCAUGGGAAGGAGCCACCGAAUGAGUUGGUGUUCCAGUUCCAUGGGGUGGAGUUCCAGUUGUUGAACGACCAUGGGGUGUUGCUGAACGAGUUCCAGUUGUUCCAGCCGUUGAAACCUUGGAAGCCUGGGAAUGACUGGCCUUGGAAGCCGUUGAAUGCGAAUGGUGUGUUGAACAUGUGUGUGAUCCCUUUGGUUGUUGUUGGUGAAGGGCUGGCAGACGUCGAGGAGCUCGGCGUGGACGGUGUGGAAGUCGCAGAGGAGUCCGUCGUCGUCGAGUUGAUCUCCGAGGAUGGUGGCGGUGGUUUUGAAGUUGUGGCCGUGCAGGGGGAGAGGGAGGAAGAUAAGACCCCCUCCGACCGUGAAGACGCGGGCCAUGAUGGCGAUGAUGAGGUUGGCGACGACACCGGCGGCGGAGUGGGCGAUGAGGUUGAAGGCGAUCCAGCAGAUGGAGGCGAGUGCGGCGAAGACGAAGCCGUCUUUGUGGUGCUUUCCGAGUCGGUACAUGGAGAGGAACAUGAAGACGGAGUGUUUGUGAUGGGUGAUUCGCCGUUGAUUUUGGGUGUGAGUGGGCUUCGUGGGAUUGUGGGGGAGAGUCUGACUCCUGAGCUUGCGAUGCGGUACGCGGCGGCGUUUGGGGAGUGGUUGUGGCAGGAUCGGGAAGAGGGCGAUGCGAUGGUGGUCACGGUGGGUCGUGAUGGUCGUCGCGGCGGAGAUGUGAUUGAAGAAGCGGCGGUUGAGGGGUUGCUUCGGAGUGGGUGUGAUGUGAUCCGAAUGGGUCCGGCGACGACGCCGACGGUUGGGGUUGCGACUUCGGCGCCGUGCUGUGAUGCGGGGAUGGUGAUCACGGCGAGUCAUAAUCCGGCUCAGUGGAACGGGCUCAAGUGCAUCGUGCUGGAUCGGGGGACGGUUGGGUCGGCGUCGCGUGCGCCGCUUGCAUCGGAAGCGGCGGAGAUUAUCGAGCUGUUUGAGAAGAUGGAGGGGGAACCUGAACAGGUGCGUGAGCGCGGGAUUGUGGUGGCGCAUUCGAGUGAGGUGGGUGUGCAUGUUUCGUGGGCGGCGGAUUCGUUUUUCCGGAUUGCUGGUGAGAAGCCUGCGAAGAAGGUGGGGAAGCUUUCGGUGGUGCUGGAUUCUGUGAACUGUUCUGGUUCGACGAUGGCGGUGCCUUUCUUCGAGCGGAUCGGUGUUCGGUUGUAUCCGAUCGCGUGCGAUGGGUCUGGGGACUUCCCGCAUACUCCUGAGCCGACGAAGGAGAACUUGUCGGGCGAGGGUGGGAUGUGUGAUGUGGUUCCCAGCGUUGGGGCGAGCGUGGGGUUUGCGCAGGAUCCGGAUGCGGAUCGGCUCGCGAUCGUGGACGAGCGCGGCGAGUACAUCGGGGAGGAAUACACGCUGGUGCUGUGCGCGAUGGCGUUGAUGGAGGCGCGUGGUGGUCAGGAUUUGAAGAAGGGGAAGCCUGUCUUUGUGGUGAAUCUUUCGACUUCGCGGAUGAUUGAUGAUGUCGCGGCUCAUUACGGCGCGGAGGUGGUGCGCUCGGCGGUGGGGGAGGCGAAUGUGGUGGAGCAGAUGAAGGUGCUUGAGGCUCAGGGGCGGGAUGUGGUGAUGGGGGGUGAGGGGAACGGCGGGGUGAUCUGGGCGGAGGUGACGUAUGUGCGGGAUUCGCUCUCGGGGAUGGCGCUGGUGCUGUCGCUGAUGGCGCGGACUGGGAAGUCGGUAAGUGAGCUUGUGGAGAUGGUGAACUCGUUUGGGCCGACGGAUGAGGUGAAGGGGAAUGGGUACACGAUCCUGAAGGCGAAGUCGGAUCUGGCGAGCAAGGCGGACGCGGUGCCUGUGGUGAAGCAUCUUGAUGGGAUCUACAGCGGGCAGGCGGGGUGCCGGGUGGAUCUGCAGGACGGGAUCCGGAUUGACUGGGACGAGCGUGGGGUGUGGGCGCAUGUGCGGGCGAGCAAUACAGAGCCGAUCAUGCGGGUGAUUGUGGAGGCGCCGAGCAAGGCGGAGGCGGAGCGUGUGGCGGCGGAGAUUGAUGGGCAUAUACUGGGGGCAUGA